AUGGCUGCCGGAGAAAUUAUACUUUAUCAUUACAAAAUCUCGCCUUAUGCAAGGCGCGCUGUGUGGUACCUAGCUCUACGGGGCAUUCCCUACAAGCAAUGUCUCCAGCCUGGCGUGUUGCCACGGCCGGAUGUCGCCCGUCUCGGACUCGCGUACCGUCGCAUCCCAAUCAUGUCCAUUGGAAGGGACAUAUACCUUGACAGUCGCCUUCAGCUUCCCAAGCUAGAGGCAAUGUAUCCAGAGCUGCCUCGUCUGGGAGCAAGCACGGCUGAGCAGAAAGGCAUUGAGCGCUUACUUUCGGCCUUUGUCAUUGACAGCGGCAUCUUUCAGCAAAGCGUCAAGCUACUUCCGCCGGAACUGCCAUUCCUCAAGGAUCCAAAGUAUUUCAAGGACAGAAGCGAUUACAUGGGGACACCGAUGAGCGUGGAAGCGUUGAAGAAAGUACGGCCUGAAGCGCUGGGGGAGGUUGCUGCGGCGUUUGAGCUGCUGGAGACGACCCUGAUGGCGGACGGGCGAGAGUGGAUUUUGAAGACGGAGAAGCCGAGCCUGGCGGACAUUGAAGGUGUUUGGAUGUUUCAUUGGAUAUCGGGCAUUCCUGGGGCGUUGCCAAAGGAAGGGUUUUCGGCGGACAAGUAUCCCCGAGUGUACGCGUGGAUUAAGCGCUUCCAGGAGGCUGUCACGGUGGCGAAGAAGAGGAUCGAGGAGCCUAAGACGUUGGACGGCGAGGAAGCCGCGAGGGUUAUUGAGGGAUCAUCGUGGCAUGAGGAGGAGGGGGUUGUGGAUGAAGGAGAUGCGCUGGCGGUUGCGGAGGGGUUGAAGAAGGGUGUCAUGGUUAUGAUUUCGCCGACGGACACGGGGAAGGCGCAUAAAGAUGUGGGAAGGCUGGUGAGUUUGGAUAAGGACGAGGUUGUGAUUGAGGUAAAGACGGAAAAGGGGGAGAGUGUGAGAGUUCACGCGCCGAGGCAUGGGUAUAAGUUGAGGAGGUUUGAUGGCGAGGCGAAGGGCGAGGCGAAAUUGUAG